UUCACCUCUAUACUGUACCGUUAUUGAACAAACGGAGGCUGAUAGCAUCUUACAUAUCACUCCUGGAUAUUCCGGAUUUGGGUUCAUCUAGACCAGCAUGUGAAGGUUUUUUUUGGGUUUUUUUUUUAAGUAAAAUAUAUUUUCAGUGAAGUAGAUGGACGAACGGGAAGAUCUGGGUGAAUACCUGUGCGCGGGCUGCGGAGGGAAGAUUCAGGAUUCAUUCCACAUCAAAGUUCACAAGGACGUUUGGCACAGCGCUUGUUUUCAAUGUUCAGAGUGCUGCGGUGCUCUGACUAACUGGUACUAUGAGCGGGAGGGGAAGCUGUACUGUGGAAAGCAUUACUGGGAGAAAUUUGGAGAACUGUGUCAUGGAUGUUCUCUGCUGAUGACUGGACCGGCCAUGGUGGCUGGAGAAUACAAAUACCACCCGGAGUGUUUUGUGUGUAUAAGCUGUAAAGUUGUGAUCGAGGACCGAGACACUUACACACUGGUGGAACGCUCCAAACUCUACUGUGGUAAAUGUUACAGGCAGGAGGUUCUGACUCCGAUGUUGGAGAAGCGAUUUCCAGACUCUUCUCUGGAUUCCGUGCCUCACACGGUGACGCUGCUCUCAAUGCCUGCGGCAGCCAAUGGGAAGAGAGGCUUCUCGGUCAGCAUCACUCGAGGCCGGAGCAGUGACAAUACCAGCGUACAGGUCAAAGAGGUCAGAGGGAUGCACAUCAGCCCGGAAGUUCGGAAUGCCAUCCACGUGGGGGAUCGGAUACUGGAGAUUAACGGUCUCCCGGUGGGAACGCUGAUGGAGGAGGAGGUGGAGGAUCUCAUACACCGGACCAGUCAGACGCUGCGGCUGUUGAUCGAGUAUGAUCCAGUCAGGCAGCGUUUGGACAAGCUCAGACUGGGCCCGCCCCACAGUCCUCUGGGAAUGCCGGCCGCUUCCCGCAUGCGGCUCUCGUCUCCACCCGCCGUUCUGGAGACGGUCACCGUGGAUGACGGCACAUUAAAGCGGAGGUCGCUUAGACGCAGUAACAGUAUCUGUAAGUCUCCUGGCCCAGCGUCUCCAAAAGAAAUUCCAAUCCUGUCGCGAGACAUCGGCCGAUCCGAAUCGCUCCGCUCGGCGAGCUCCUGUUCACAUCGGAUAUUCCGACCCUGCGACCUCAUCCACGGAGAGGUCCUGGGGAAGGGAUUCUUCGGACAAGCCAUCAAGGUGACCCAUAAGGCCACUGGAGAGGUGAUGGUGAUGAAGGAACUUAUCCGCUGUGAUGAAGAGACGCAGAAAACAUUCCUGAAAGAGGUCAAAGUGAUGCGUAGCCUGGAGCACCCACACGUGCUGAAGUUUAUCGGCGUUCUGUAUAAGGAUAAGAAGCUGAAUUUAAUCACUGAGUAUAUUGAGGGAGGAACACUGAAGGACUUCAUUCGGGACACGGACCCAUUUCCAUGGGAACAGAGAGUCAGCUUCGCUAAAGGCAUUGCUUCUGGAAUGGCCUACUUACACUCAAUGAGUAUCAUUCACAGAGAUCUGAACUCGCACAACUGCCUGGUUAAACUGGACAACACGGUUGUGGUGGCUGAUUUUGGAUUAUCACGGCUCAUCAAGGAGGAGAAGACGCGCCCGCCGUCGGACAAACCCAACAACAAGAAGCGGCUGUUCCGUCGGAUUGACAGGAAAAAGCGGUACACAGUGGUGGGCAACCCGUACUGGAUGGCUCCAGAGAUGCUUAACGGGAAAAGCUAUGAUGAGAAGGUGGAUGUCUUUUCCUUUGGCAUCGUGCUGUGUGAGAUUAUCGGGCAGGUAUAUGCAGAUCCGGAGUGUCUUCCCAGGACGCUGGAUUUUGGUCUUAACGUGGAGAAAUUCAGAGAGAAAUUCCUUCCUGACGACUGUCCCCCUGCCUUUUUCCCAUUGGCUGUUGCCUGCUGUGACCUCGUUCCCGACAACCGGCCAGCGUUUCAAAAACUGGAGGACCGUUUUGAAGCGUUGGCUCUGAACCAGGAACUGGGCAUCCCACUACCUGCAGAACUGGACGAACUGGACCAGAACCUCCGAACCAGCACCACCCCCCGGAACUCCAGUCCAUCCUCUCGCGGGCUGAACGUGGAGACCAGCGGGUCGUAGCUGACAUUUCUCCCUCUCUCUCUCGCCCCGUCGGCACGAAGUCUCCUGGAGACAGAUGAGUUAAACUGGAGUAAACUUUUCCUUUUGUUUUUUUCCCUCGGCUCUGGACGACGGGGAGUAUAUCCCGGACACUCGGAGUGGUGUGUGUGUGUGUGCUGCGUGUGAACUUGGGUUUUUCUGUCCUGUGCCCUGUUGGCAUGGGCAUACAGUGGCUGCUGGAUUUAUGUAGGCACACACACACACACACACACACCUGGCACGUUUCUGUCAUCUCACGGCUCACGUAGCGAGAUCUGCUCUGUCUCCCUUUACAUCGUAUAAAACCCAUUCACUCUGUUUGCAUCUGGACACCAUUCAACAUAAGAACACUCUGAUCCCUCUGUGAACGAACUACAGGCACAGCUAUGACCGCAGAACCCUGUGUAGCUGCACCAUAAUGAUGUGUAUGUAGUUACGCGUUCAUAGGUGGGGUGUGUGUGUGUGUGCGUGUGAUGUUAACAUCGGAUGAGUGGGGAAUGAAUCCACAUUGAUCCAACCAGUCGGACCGCAGUAAUGAGAGGUCUUGUGUGAAUGGGUGUGUUUGUGAGAUAAUGAGGAAAUAAAUUUGUUAAAAAUGUGUUUUAGUCCAGUAGGAGGAGGGUCAGUUCUCUCUCUAAUCAUUAGCUGUGGUCUGAAUUAAGUAUCGCACAGUUAAAAACAGAUAUUGUAGUUUUGUAAAAUUAUACUAGGGAGCGAAAAUGACGGUUAGUCUACUAACUCCUCUCUGGUCUUCUGGAGGCAUUAACAGAAAUAACCGUUUAACUGGUAGAGAGGAGAGUGAAUCUGCGGCACGUAAUCGACACUGCCAUCUAGUGGCAUCUCUGUUGACAAACUUUCCUUUAAUGCUGACGUUACAGUAGGGUACUGAUUAACUUCCAUCAGGUCUAUGACGGUGGAGGUAAAAAAUGAUGUCCACGCUGGAGUCCUUUAGGAGCAAGAAACAGCUGCAAGGGUAGAGAGAUCGUGUGUGUGUGUGUGUGUGUGUUUGCGCGCGCGUGCAGGGGCGUGGCACCAAAUUUUGAGGCUUCGUCAGGUGUUCCAUAAAGAUGUAUAUUUUUAGUUCACCGUUGAAACGCGCCCUUAUCGAAACCAGACGAUGAUUAUUGAUUUGUCGGAAUGAUGAAUUCUACCUUCACAAUGAUCACAGUUCUAACUGGAUUUCUGUUAUUUGACAAACUUAUUUGUAAGAAUUGUACAGAAUUGCAUUAUAACUUAGAGGUGAGCUGUUUUGGGGGGAAAUAUAACUCCGUAGAUUUGAGAUAUUGAGUCAGAAUGUGAAGAUGUACAAAACGCGACAAGCUGUGUUUUUCCAUAUUUUCAAAGGUACUGAUG